AUGGUGGCGCGCGGUGUUGUUCUGAAGAUCACAUUCGACGAGUGGAGCCACUGUGGAGGGAAGUGACGAGACACUUUGGUGGAUGUCCAGGGUAGAAUUGCAACCGCCGCAUUCAUGAGUCAUAAGUGUUGGUGGCCCAUUGCGUUUGUGUCUGCGGUAGGUGUGUUUCCAAUGCUGAGCUGGCUCUUUGCACGCUCCUCUGCUCGCCAUAUAACACAAUUGGAAGUCCCAAGUAAGGCCUACAAGCCCCAUUCUGGUACCUUCCCAAGUCCGUAUUAUUGUGCGUUGUCGUGUCUCCCUGGCAGCACCACCUUGGAUCUCCUGCUUUCUCGUUCCUUCUGCAACCGAUUGGACAACUCCUGCAGAGCCAUCCAGUAAGGUGAUAAUAUGUAAUCAUCAAGAUUACACCGUCCACCCCCCACACUCCGUGUCUCUUCUUGAUACGCAGUGCGAGAGCGGUCCCCCGUCCCUCAUGCUCCCUCACCUUCCUUCUAAACCUCCUCGAUAAGGCAUUGGGCGGUCUCAGCAACACUCUGGCUAUUCGGCUGCAGGUAGCACCAUUGUCUCGCUGUACAUGUAUGGCUGGCUGUGUGUGUGGACUGUAUGUGUCUCGUUUUGUUAUCUAUAUGAUUCUCAGAGUUCGCCCGAUGACGCGUUUCUGCCGUUUUCGUCGCUGCUCGAUACAGCCACCCAGUUCUGCGACCCUCUAGCUUCAUCAGCAGGGCACCACAGACUAUGGCACUGGGUCAUGAGGAGGUGAGACACGCGGAUAGAGGGCGAGGCCAAGCCCAUAUUUGGCAUAUUGUACGUCUUUCUGGCUCAGGUAUGGGUCGGGUCGGCAUUCCUUUGUGCUUUGGCUCGCUUGGACGGCCGGUAGUGUCGUCAUUACAUUCGCUGCUGUCGCCCUCAUUGCUUACGGUUACGGAGACACGAAGUGCCAAGCGCUCAAGACACAUAUACACUCCCGCGUCCCUCUCUUCCACCCCCGUAUCAGGUUUGGCCCUUUUGAAAACCCACAAGAGUUUGCUCUCACUCAAGUGCCUGCCACCUUUCCUCGCGCCGGCGGCCCGAGCUGCUUGCAACCACAACGUUCCUGAUGCCUCCCAGGCUGAAUCAGCUUGUGAAGAGGCCCCCCAAGAAGGCAAGCCCAUAUACAUCCAAGGAGACCUGCUAUCUAGCAGCAGCCCUACACGCUGCUCGCCGAGGGCCGAUGAGGCGACGGACUCCCACUCUGUGAGUGCCCACUCCCACCGAUCAGUGGCGGACCGGACAGCAGCGGUGGCGGCGCGCACAGGGGCCCUGACGGGGAAUAUUGACGAUAGGGCGUCGGAGAGGGAGUGUGUGGCUAUUGAGAGGGGCGCUGAGGACGUGUGCAGAUUGUGA